CCUAAAAUAUCGGGUAAUUCGCCAUCUCUCUCUCAAAUGGCUCCGAAAAAGAAACAGCAGAAGCAGAAGCCAUCUUCUUCAUCCUCCUCGUCCAAAGCCAAAUCUCAAUCUUCUUCGACCGGUCCGAAACUCCAGAUAACAGCCGAGAACGAGAACCGCCUCCGCCGUCUCUUGAUCAACUCCGGCCGGUCCCCGGUCCCUCCUCCGGCCGAACCGUCCGUUUCCAAAGCGCAGAAGGCCAAGAAGCUUCGGUCCGUCUACGAGAAGCUCUCUUGCGAAGGCUUCUCCGAUGAUCAAAUCGAACGCGCUCUCUCCGCUCUCAAGGAUGGUGCUAGUCUCGAGGCUGCACUUGAUUGGCUAUGCUUGAAUUUGGCUGGGAAUGAGCUUCCGCUGAAGUUUUCUACUGGGACUUCUCUCUAUACAAAUGAAGGAGGUGCUGUUGGGAUCAUAUCAACUUCAAGAAAGGAUUGGAGUCCUUCGGUGGAUUCAUCUGCCAAGAUUGAAGAGGAAACGCCUGAACUUAAUGUUAGAAUCAAGGGGCGUUCAGAAGAUAAUACUCUGGAUUCCUGUCAACCGUCUCAAGCAGAUUGGAUACGGAGAUAUCUGGAACAUCAGGAAGAGGAUGAAUCUGAAACUUGGGAAGCUGACUCAAUUGGCAAGCAUUUGGUUGAGGAGGUUACAGAACCAAGGGAUUCUUAUGAUUCUCUUGUCAGAGAAUACCACAGUGCAAGGAUAGAAGCUAUAAAUGCCAAAGAAAGAGGUGACAAGAAAGGCCAACAAGAAGUAGGCCAAAUUAUUCGCAAACUCAAGCAAGAGAUGUCUGCCAUAGGACUAUGGGAUGACAUCUUGGCAUCUGGGAAUGAGAGUCCUUCCUUUUGGGCAGCUGAUUCAUCUUCUAGUUCCAUGCCUUUGCAACAACCUGAGGCUGUUGCUUUGGGGAAUGAAGAAGGCGAUAAAGCGUCCGUCCUACAAGCAGUUGAAUCAAAAGUAAAUGGAGAAGUUAGUGAUGGUUCUGCUUCAAUGGACCUUUCACAUGAAGAAAAACCAUUGAGUAUUCCUGUCCGUGGUUUAGUUGAGGAACCUGGGGACGUAGAGCUUGGAAAUUUCUUUUCAGAAGAUGCCUCAUCUGGUGAUGUUUUACCUCCCCGGGAUGUGAAUCUACAAAAGAAACAGAAGAUGUCCAGUGGGAAGAAUUUAGAAAACCUUGAAGGCAUCUGGAAGAAGGGGGACCCGCGAAGGAUACCUAAAGCUGUUCUUCAACAGCUUUGUCAAAAAUCAGGGUGGGUAGCACCAAAGUAUGAUAAAGUUCUUGGGAAAGAAAAGAAUACUAGCUAUGCUGUCAGCAUACUGCGCAAAGCUAGUGGGAGGGGCAAGAGUAGACAAGCUGGAGGGCUAGUUACUCUUCAACUUCCUAGUCAUGUUGAAACUUCGGAAUCUCCCGAGGAUUCACAGAACAGAGUUGCUGCAUUUGCUCUUUAUCGCUUGUUUCAGGAUCUUCCUGUUCACCUGCUUAUUACAGAACCUUAUGCUUCGUUUGUUCUACAAUGGGAGGAAGGGGAAUCAUCAAUCAAAGCAGGAGACAGUGAGGAAGAUAGAAGGGCUGGUUUUGUGGAUUCUUUACUAAUCGCUGAUGGCUCUGAGUUGAUUACUUCUGGUGAUGCCUUGAGUGGCUCUCUUAAAGAAAAGUUUCAAAAGCCUCCUGUGCUGGAAAACAUUGACUCAACACCUAUAGUAUCUGAUCUGAAGGCUGAAAGUGUCGACUAUCACAAAGAAGCAGAAAGUUCUUGUCUGAGACUGGAACUAGAAAACAAAAAGAAAAUGCAUAGAUACAAGCAAAUGUUAGAAUCUAGAGCUGCACUUCCUAUUGCUGAGCUGAAGAGUGAUGUACUGCGAUUGUUGAAGGAGAAUAAUGUUCUUGUUGUCUGUGGGGAAACAGGUUCUGGAAAGACAACACAGGUCCCACAAUAUAUAUUGGAUGACAUGAUUGAAGAAGGACAUGGUGGAUACUGUAACAUUAUAUGCACACAACCAAGGAGAAUAGCAGCUAUAUCUGUGGCAGAACGAGUUGCUGAUGAGCGAUGUGAAUCUUCUCCCGGUUCAAAUGGUUCUUUGGUUGGUUAUCAAGUUCGUCUUGAUAGUGCAAGGAAUGCAAGAACAAAGCUUCUGUUCUGCACAACUGGCAUUCUUCUGAGGAAAUUUGCGGGGGAUAAAAAUUUAUCUGGUGUUACUCAUAUCAUAGUUGACGAAGUGCAUGAACGUUCCCUUCUGGGUGAUUUUCUACUCAUUGUACUGAAGAACCUGAUGGAGAAGCAAUCUGCUCAUAGCACCCCUAAGUUGAAAGUUAUUCUUAUGUCUGCAACUGUUGAUUCAGAUCUGUUUUCGAGGUACUUCGGUCACUGCCCAGUAAUCACUGCUCAAGGCCGAACACAUCCUGUCUCAACUUACUUUCUUGAGGAUAUAUACGAAACUGUUAAGUAUCGCCUUGCUUCAGAUUCUCCAGCUUACCUAAGAGAUUAUACAUCCACAAAGGAGAAGAAUGAUCCUGUUAGCAACCACAGAGGGAAGAAAAAUCUUGUUCUAUCUGGAUGGGGUGAUGAAUCUUUGCUGUCUGAAGAUUGCAUAAAUCCAUACUAUACUCCAAGCACUUAUCAAACAUAUAGUGAUCAAACUCGACAGAAUUUGAGACGGUUAAAUGAAGAUGUUAUUGAUUACGACCUUCUUGAAGAUCUGGUUCAUUUCAUUGAUGAAACACAUCCAGAGGGCGCCAUACUGAUUUUCUUGCCAGGCGUUGGAGAAAUUCACCUGUUACUCGAUAAACUAGCAGCUUCUCGCCAAUUUGGUGGACCAUCUUCCGAGUGGCUUCUUCCUUUACAUUCCUCGAUCUCAUCAGCUGAUCAAAAAAAGGUGUUUCUACGUCCUCCUGAUAACAUGCGCAAGGUUAUAAUAGCCACCAAUAUUGCUGAGACUAGUAUAACAAUAGACGACGUGGUAUAUGUGAUUGACUGUGGAAAGCAUAAGGAGAAUCGCUAUAAUCCACAAAAGAAAUUGUCUAGCAUGGUCGAAGAUUGGAUAUCUCAAGCAAAUGCGAGGCAGCGUCGUGGAAGAGCUGGACGUGUGAAACCUGGAAACUGUUUUUGCUUGUAUACACGUCACAGAUUUGGAAAUCUCAUGCGUCCAUUCCAGAUACCUGAGAUGCUGCGAAUGCCAUUAGUGGAAUUAUGUUUACAAAUAAAAUUGCUCUCUCUCGGUAACAUAAAGGCAUUUUUGUUGAAGGCUCUAGAACCUCCAAGAGAGGAGGCUAUAAACUCAGCAAUUUCAUUAUUAUAUGAGGUUUCUGCCAUUGAAAGGGAUGAAGAGUUGACCCCUCUUGGGUAUCACUUGGCAAAGCUUCCGGUUGAUGUAUUGGUUGGCAAGAUGAUGAUUUACGGGGCAAUAUUUGGUUGCUUGUCACCCAUUCUUUCCAUUUCAGCAUUUUUAAGCUACAAGUCACCGUUUGUAUAUCCAAAAGAUGAGAGGCAAAAUGUUGAUAGAGCCAAAUUGGCACUGAUGACUGAUAAAAUAGAUGGUGCUAGUGAAUCAGAUGAAGGUAGCAGGCAAUCUGACCACUUGCUGAUGGUGGUUGCAUAUAAGAAAUGGGAAAAGAUUUUACGCGAGAAUGGAGUUAAAGCAGCACAACGUUUUUGCAGUUCAUAUUUUCUGAGCAGUUCAGUUAUGUACAUGAUAAGAGACAUGCGAAUUCAGUUUGGAACUUUGCUGGCAGACAUUGGGCUGAUCAAUCUCCCGAAGAAUUAUCAGGUCGGGGGCAAAAAGAGUGACAAACUCGAGAGUUGGCUUUCGGAUAUGUCACAGGCAUUCAACAUCUAUUCACAUCAUUCUUCAAUUGUGAAGGCAAUAAUUUGUGCAGGUUUAUAUCCUAAUGUAGCUGCUACUGAAGAUGGCAUUGUCAGAACAGCUCUUGGUAUUCCUAACCAGUCUGCAGGUCCCACAACAAAGGGACGUCCUUCCUUGUAUGAUGGAAAAAGAGAAGUUCAUAUACAUCCUUCCUCUAUCAACAGCAACUUAAAAGUUCUUCAGUACCCUUUUAUGGUCUAUCUUGAAAAGGUUGAAACAAAUAAGGUGUUUCUGCGGGAUACUACCAUAAUCUCGCCUUACUCUAUUCUGCUGUUUGGUGGAUCCAUGAGUAUUCAACAUCAGUCUGGAUUGGUCACCAUAGAUCGUUGGAUACAAUUGGCAGCACCUGCCCAAAUUGCUGUGCUCUUCAAGGAACUCCGGUUAACUCUUCAUUCUAUUCUCAAGGAUCUGAUUAGAAAACCACAAAUGGGAACUGUUGCUGAUAAUGAAGUCGUGAGAUCUAUAAUACAUUUGCUACUUGAAGAAGACAAAUCUCCAAAGUGAUGUUUCUAUAUCACCGCCGUACAUAACCAUGAAUUUACCUUCUGAUUAUGGCUUGAAUAAAACAAUAACAAGCAAUUCCAUCUGGGUUCAUGAAGACUUCGUAACAUUCGCUAACAAGCAAGCUGUGGGGUUCAAGCAGAUCUAUUUCACCUAUGAUGUGUUUUGUCAUACCCGCAGAUAAGAAAACAUGGACUGUACUUUGAGGAGUCUGCUCAAAGUAGUCAACUUUAUUGAGUCCACCAAAUCCAAGGUAUCUCCUUCUCGUGCAGCUAAAGCAGUAAAGCUGUUGUAUGUAACAAUAUAGCUACAAUUUAUCGGUAGGAGGAUGAAAUCUACGAUCUCAUUUCUGUUUAAACUAACAGUAUGCUACAUGAUAAUCUGUGGGCUCAAGAGAACAUGCCGAAUUUUGGUUUUACACCAUACGAAAACUCAGCAAUACUUUACCCCUUUUGGUGUUUUGUCCUAUCAAAGACUAAUUAGCAAAUUCAUUUCGGCGUGAA